GGACAGCGUCCGAACGCCGACACCGCUCGGGGCUAGAGCGCGCCGGCCGCCGUUACACAACGCGAGCUGCUGCGUCUGCGCCCGCGCCCGCCUGCGGAAGUGCGAAAACACCGCGCAGUGUGUCGCCGCCACCCGACCGCCUCGCAGAUAAGUACUCUCGUCACACAAUUUUUUUUUUUUUCCUACUUGCGUACGUGUCGCGCUGGUGUGUGUGCGUGCGCUCGUCUCGCGUGCUGCGGUGUGUCCGUCACGACGGCGGUCUUCACCGUAAGUGGAGCGCAGUAGUGGAGCGAGUGCGGCGACGACUCCAGCGCCGCGGGCGCCCGCGCGCUGACAUACACACCGACGCACUCACACACACGUGCACACAGACACACGCGGGUGAGCAAAAACGUGCGAGAGUGCUGGCGCCUGACGGACGUGGGAGCUCGGCGCAGCUGACUGCAAAAGCGCGUGGAAUGCCACGCACACCUCCGUGCGCGCGCUAGUAAUACGCUGUGUGGAAUGAACAGGUGUGGAAAAACUUUUUCCAAGGUUCUUAAAACAUGUGUGGUGUGCAAUUCCGCUGUUAGUGAAGAAUAAUCUAAUGAACUGUUACGCUUAGGCGUUAUCUAACUUUCUGAUCAGUGACACUUUGUCCUUCGUGGGGAGCGAUGUAAAUGUUUCGUAUGGUUUGAAAUGAACACAGUGGUGGCAUCCAGCAGAAAGUGCGUGUGGCACUCUAUUAUGGUACACUCUUCUUCUGUAGAAGUGAUGUAAAGUGUCAUGAAACAUUCGUUUAGAGUAUUCAGCACCUGUUGACAAAUGUGGUGUGGCACGAGUUGGCUUCCGCCCUUACGGUCUAAACUGUCGUGCGAGGUAUGUAGAAAUGCGGAAAGUGCAUUUUAGGAUUGUCUAGAUUUGUAACCGUGCUGGGUACUAAGGCGUGCUUUCCCAGCCAGCACACUGUGACCAAAAUUUUUGAACUCUACUAGAUGUGUGACAUUUAGUAAUCCGACGAGGUACAGUCACCGUGACAUCAGAGAGCGCAGAAAGGAAUGUGAUGCGUUUCCCGAUUCUGCCAGCGGCCAUCGGGGCGGAAGACGGUGACAGGCGCCGGAAGAGGGAGAAUGCCGGUGGGAGUUCCUCCGCGGCGAAGAGGUCGCGGAAGAGUCGCGCGGCCACGGUGUGGCCCCCGGACGACGCCGACGUGGACGACGACGACGACCCGGCGGCCAUCGACGCGACGAUGAGCCCUCUGGACGACUGCGCCGACAGCAGCAGCUCCUGCGACAUCGUCGGCGUCGGUAUGCUGGGCGCCAAGAGGCAGGGGGCGCCGGCGUCGCCGCUCACCGGCGACGAUGACGAGGACGACGACGACAGCAAGCAGCCGGUCGACAGCUUCUCGUCGCUCAUGGACGAGGAGGACGCCGGUGGCGCCGCCAACGGGCCGGCCGCCGACGACCUGGGGUCCGACGGCGUCGUCGAUCCCGACGACGCGGAGGACCGGCUGACGGGGCACGGGGCGAUCGCGUCCAUCGGCUCGGUGGCGGCGGGCACGGGCGGCUCGUCGCCGUUCAGCGCGUCGCACCACCACCAUCACCACCACCACCACCGCGGCUCGGGGGCGGGCUCGGGCGGCGCCGGGGGCGGCGCGGGCGGCGCGGGCGGCGGCAUGACGCCCACGUCGCACCACCACGCCGCCGCCGCCGCCGCCGAAAAUCCCUAUCUGCUGGUGCUGCGGACAUACAUUACCAAACUGUCUUCUUAA